AAACGGUCUGAAGCCAACUUUUAUCCAUCCUUUCCUAUUGGUGAGACUUUGGACAGCCUGGAAAAAGUGAGACUAGAACUUCUGACAGAGAUCGGGAUAAGGAACAACGAAAGGGUCAUCGCAGACAAAAUGGCUAACACGUUUGCCUACAGACGACAUGAGGUGGUAAACCAAGAACCAAGCAUUCAGGAUUUCAAGGACAGAUGGCCUGCACUCUUCACACAGAAGGAGGUUAAUACAGAAUUCCAGAGGCUCAUGGCUGUUCCUCUUGAAGACAAGUUCAUGGCCCAGUUAGACAUGCACUCAAGUCAGCUGAUCAAAGUCAUCCGUGCCAAAGGAGGAGCAACACGCCAAAAGACUGCGAACAUCAUGGACACAUUGGACCAGACUGUGGACAUUAAUCUUCGGAGGGAAUGUGUGCUGAAAGCCCUCGCUGUCUUCCUGGGAGAAGAUGCACAUGACCUGAUCAAGGAAUAUCUUGACUCUGGAGCAGAUGAUGCUCAGAGAGACCUGGAGCAGCUCACCAUGGCAGUGUUUGUGAUUCGGAAGGAGGGGGAAGGGCUGCAGGAGCCACCUGAAGAUAUUGGCAUCGUCAUUGAGGGCGUGGAAGUGUUGCAUGAACUGACUUCGGUUGCCUCAGCUUGUGCCCUUCUUCUAGGAUUGAUUUACGCACUCAACCUAGCUUAUCCAAAACCCUUUCGCUUCACUUUUGAAGUGCUCCAAAAAAUCUUCAUGCAGCUUGAUCAGCACAAGAUGUCCCCCAAAGUCCAUAAUCUGUAUAGCAAACUUCAAAGCUCGCAGUAACGACACACAAUGGUGUAUUCCGCCCCUGGACCUACAAAUGGCCUUGUGCCGU